GCACACCGAAGGUCUUUGAAAGCUGCACCAGUUCAGGGAGUGGCUGUGCACCUGUCCGACCUGUUUGGGGGACACAUGACUCCGCAGGAAUUUUCCCGGCUCCUCUGGCCUAUUGUUUAGUGCAGUUUUGAGUGGACAGAGGAGCAGAGCCAGCGGAGAGGGGCACAACCAGCCGCGACACGGAGAGACGGAGAGAUGUCGGAGCAAGCCACAAACCCCGCCGCUAAUAACGCUGCCGCCGCUGCCGCCACUGCGUUUCCAGGGGCCACCAUUUCUCUGCCUUUGGGACUCGAGGUUUUAAGGACAUACUCUGGAGCACUGAUAACUUUGGAAAUACUUUUUGGAGGUCUGGUAUGGAUCCUGGUGGCCUCCUCCAAUGUCCCAGUGCCUCUGCUGCAAGGCUGGGUCAUGUUUGUGUCUGUCACUGCGUUCUUCCUGUCUUCUGCCUACCUCACUCUACUCAUCACUGGCCUGGCUGACCGUGUCAACAUCGACUGGAACGUAAUUGACGUGCUUUACCACUUUGUAGCAGUGCUCUUCUACUUUGCUGUUGUGUUGGAGGCAGCGACCACAGCAGCCAAUGGGGCACUCAGUUCAAAGCCAUGGCCAACGGCCACCCAGACGCUGAUUUGUAUUCCCAUUUCUCGGGGCAACAUUUUCACUUUCCUGAGUAGCAACCAGUACAACAUCAAUGUGGCAGCUACGAUAUUUGCUUUCAUCGUGACUCUUUGUUAUGGUUGCAGUAUGUUGAUGGGCUUCAAAGAUGGAGAAUGUAACUCCAAAACUAAUUCAUGUUUAGACAUUUGUACAAUAUACAUUUUAAAGUUUUGCUCUAAAUAUAAGAACUGCUAAAUCAGUAAAAAACUAAUCGCCUUUUCCAUUUCCAUAAAAACACAUGCCUCUGUACUAAUGAUUAGUACUUGGAUAUCUGGUGGUGCUAUA